CAAGCUAACGUAUCGGAGAAAUUAUCCAGCAGACCGCCAUUUUCCAUCUCUAUCGCUCUCUCCUAGAACCCCAAAGGAAAGCGACGCCAUGCUACGGUCUUUGAAGAAUGCCCAUGCCGCUAUUGCCGUCCACAAAAGCUCGCGAACUCAGCCCCUAUUGGUGUUCUCAGCCCAAGCCCCCAAAGUUAAUGGCGGCAGAAGCCAUCUCUUCUUCUCUCCUUUUGCUUAUCAUCUUCUCCUUCGCUUCGCUAGCCGCAUCCCAAACGACAACAGAGGAUGGAGAGAGGCAAAUUCUCCUCCGAAUCAGGGAGGAUUGGGGAAAGCCCUCGCUUCUCAGCGCUUGGAACGACUCCAACUCCACCAACCACUGCAACUGGACCGGAAUCGGAUGCUCCGCCCAUGGCUCUGUCACCAAUAUCACACUCUUCAACCGAAACAUCAGCCAACCGAUCCCCGCCACCAUCUGCAAGCUGAGAAGUCUCUCCUUUCUCGACCUCCGUUACAACUACAUCACCACCUCCUUUCCGACGUCCCUCUACAACUGCUCUAACCUCUUGCACCUCGACCUAUCCUGGAACCACUUCGUCGGUGUGAUCCCCUCCGAUAUCUACCGUCUCUCUCCCCGACUCACUGACCUCAUCCUCUCAGGCAAUAACUUCACCGGAGACAUUCCCCCCUCCAUCGGCCGGCUCCAGGCCAUCAAGAAUCUUUCUCUCGAUGACAACCACUUCAAUGUGUCCUUCCCAGCUGAGCUCGGCAACCUCUCAAACCUCCAAACCCUCUGGCUUGCAUAUAAUCCCUUCGCUCCGGCAACGAUCCCCUCAACUUUCCGCAAUUUGACACAGCUGAGCUCCCUGUGGAUGGCCUCCACCAAUUUGAAGGGCGAGAUCCCUGAAUUCAUCUGGAGUCUAAAGAAGCUGCAGGACCUUGUUUUAUCUGCAAACGAUCUAACUGGAGAGAUCAACAUCGACGGACCAAUUGGCGCCUUGGGGCUAGAAGUGAUCGACGUCUCGAUGAAUCAAUUAAGUGGAUCCAUCCCGGAGGAAUUCGGCAAGCUUCAGAACCUCUCGUUGCUUUAUAUGUACGGCAACCGGCUUUCCGGCGAGAUUCCAGCGAGCAUCGGCCUGCUCCCGGCGCUGGCCUUUCUCUCGUUCUCCCACAACAGCCUGACCGGGGUUCUACCACCAAAUUUGGGGAAAUAUUCCCCGCUGCGGUUCCUUUGGGUCCAGGAUAACAUGAUCUCCGGCUCGCUGCCAGAGUAUAUCUGCGCCAGUGGAUCUCUGACCUUGAUCGACGUUUCUAAGAACAACCUCACCGGCAACGUGCCGGCGUCUCUGGAUAACUGCUUCACCCUGACCUACAUCUAUAUCCAAAGCAAUAGAUUCUCGGGCGACUUCCCCGGCAAGAUCUGGUCGGCGGUGAACCUCACGGAGGUGAUCAUGAACGAUAACGCUCUCUCCGGCACCUUACCGGCCAAAUUGCCAUCAAAACUUACAUGGCUGGAGAUCCAAAACAACCAAUUCUCCGGCAACAUUCCGUCAACCGCCGAAAGUCUGCAGGGCCUUUUAGCGAGCAACAACUUAUUAUCUGGCGAUAUUCGAGCUGUAUCGACCGGAGUCUCCAAACUUUUAAUGCUACGUCUCGGAGGGAACCUGAUCUCUGGCCAUAUCCCACCGGGGAUAUCAGAGCUGAAAUUUUUGAGUGUUCUCAAUCUCAGCAGCAACCAUCUUGUCGGCGAGAUCCCUGCAGCAAUUGGGUCCUUAUGGAAACUCACCUCCCUCGAUCUAUCGAUUAACCAACUGUCCGACUCAAUUCCGCCAGAGAUCGGAGGCCUCCACCUCAACACGUUCAACCUCUCAUCCAACCGGCUCUCCGGCGAGAUCCCGAUCUCACUACAAAAGGUAGCCUACAAGCGAAGCUUCCUCUCGAACCCCAGCCUCUGCGCUUCCAGUGAUCUCUUUAACGUCCCCGUCUGCAAACAUGGUUUGCCAUGGAAGCUACGUAUAAUCCUCAUCGUUCUCGCUUCACUCGUCUCCUUGAUGGCAACCGUCUUCACCGUCUUCAAACGAAGAGACCGUCAUGGAAAAAGCAAUGUCAGAGAUUUACCCACGUGGAAGAUGAUGUCUUUCUAUCCGUUGGAUUUUAUAGAGUCCACCAUCCUGAGUGGGCUCACGGAAGACAACCUUAUCGGGAGUGGCGGGGGCGGGAAAGUAUAUCGGAUUGUGCUGGAGGACCACGUUGCACAGAUCGUGGCCGUUAAAAAGAUCUGGAACACCAGGAAGCUUGAUUCCCUGCUGGAGAAGGAGUUCCAAGCUGAGGUCCAAAUUCUAGGCUCCAUCAGGCAUGCGAAUAUUGUUAAACUACUCUGCUGCCUCUGGAGCAUCGACACGAAGCUGCUAGUAUACGAGUACAUGGAGAACGGGAGCCUGGAGCUGUGGCUUCACAAGAAGUGGAGGGUGGGGGAGCAAACCAAAGAGAUGAACUCUGAUCACAUGCCUUUAGAUUGGUCGACCAGGUUGCGGAUUGCUGUUGAUGUGGCACGAGGGUUAUGCUACAUGCACCAUGGUUGCUCCCCACCGAUCGUGCACCGAGAUGUGAAGUCCAGUAACAUAUUAUUAGACUCGGAAUUUAGAGCCAAGAUCGCCGAUUUUGGUCUGGCUCGAAUGCUCGUCAAGCCUGGAGAGCCCAAUACGGUGUCGGCUGUGGCGGGGACAUUCGGCUACAUGGCUCCAGAAUGCGCAUACUCGAGAAAAGUAAAUGAGAUAAUGGAUGUGUACAGCUUUGGAGUGAUUCUUUUGGAACUAACCACCGGAAGGAAAGCAAGGGAUGGUGGAGAGUAUGAUAAUCUAGCAGGAUGGGCUUGGCGCUGCUUACAGGAGGAUAAUAACAAGGUGAUUGAUGCUAUAGAUCAGGAUAUCAAGGAACCGAUAAAUAUAAAGGAGAUUGCACUUGUCUUUAAAUUAGGAGUCAUGUGCACUAGCCCAUUACCUUCUUCAAGACCUACAAUGAAGGAUGUACUACAAAUCUUAUUACGAUGUCAACAAGCUUCUGCAAAUGUUACCAUGGUGUGAAUGAAAAGAUGGUAUUGGAGAGCUUCUACUGCGACAGCUGGUUGCGAGCAUAUCAUCUUGAUCAACCGCAGGCUAUCGUACCCAUGAACAGCUGUUGAGGACCCACGCAAGCAACACCAAGGAAGCGCCAAGCCAAGGCAGGAUCGUGUGCCAACUGAAGGGCAAAGUGGCCCCGCCAACCAAAAAGGACAUCAGGACGUAAAAAGGCCAACAGAGGGUCAAGCCAAGGUCAGUCACUUUGCCGGGAAAAGCCUUGGCCAAGCCCCUUCAUUUGGCCAAGCACGCCCAUGGUCGGCCGAGACCAUGCCCGGGUCGCACGCACCGCGCCCAUGCAUGCCAAGCCUCGGCCGAGUGCGCCAAACCUCGGCCAAGCCAACUGCGCGCCCAUGCGUGCCCAAGCCUCGGCCGAGCAUGCCCAACCAUGGCCAAGCCCACCGCAUGCGCAGUCCCGCCAAAGCCAUGCCGCAGCCAGGACCAGCCGUGGUCAGCCAGCAUGCUACAGUGCGGCGAGGUUCGGCUGCAAGAACUUUGCCAGCUACAGUGACCACGCCUGCUACAGUGCGGCGAGGUUCUUGGGCAAGAACCUCGCCAGCUACAGUGACCGCGCAGAGCCAGCACGCAAGCCAGACUGCUACAGUGCGGCGAGGUUCGGCUGGCCGAACCUCGCCUGCUACAGUGCCCGCGCGCACAGUGCCAGCACGCCC